GGACUGCUGGAAGAAAAUCAUUAACCUCGCCCUCUUGCAUCAAGACCGAAGAAAAGUGAAAGUUUAGCCACAACUUCUCAGCUUCUUCUGAUCUGAGCACUUCCUUGCAUCAAGACCGAAGAAAAGUAAAAGUUUAGCCAGAACCUCUCAGCUUCUUCUGAUCUGAGCACUUAAAUGUUUUGUGCUGCUUGACAAAAUGCAUCUUUCCAAGUUCAUUUCACGUCCAUGUUUUGAGUCCUCAGGAACACCCUCUUCCACUGAUCAUCAUGGUGAUGAAGUGGAUACAACUGGGGGAAGCAGGACCUUUGCAAAUAUAAUUCGUGACCGUGUGAGGUCGGUUGGUCUCUCAGACUCAAUAAAAUUUAAGGCUAAGAAAAUUAAAGAAGGUGGGAAGAAGAAUAUUUUCAAGCAGAAAUUUGAGGUCAGAGAAGGGGAAAAGCUAUUAAAGGCAUCGCAUUGCUGUUUAUCAACUGAAGCUGGUCCUGUUGCCGGACUUCUCUUUAUUUCCACUGAAAAGGUUGCAUUCUGCAGUCAGAGAUCAGUUACCUUCAAAUCUCCAGAUGAGCUGCUCGAAGAAACAGAUCGAAAGAUUGAGAUACCAAUAAGGAACAUUAGAGGGGUCGACCUGAACGAGUCACAAAAGAAGAAAAUGACCAUAAUCAUAGAAGAUAGUUCUGAAUUCCUGUUUAUGGACUUUUUGCGUUACGACAAAGCUCGUCAGAACUUAGAGCAAGCAAUUCUAUGGCAAAGUUGCCAAGCAGAAGGAAGCUGAUCUCGAAAUUAGACAGGUAUUGUGCUGAUUGAGCUGAGGCCAAAAGAAAAGGCUCGGUUGUUAGACAAAAUUCUUAUGCUCUGACUGUGUGUAGUCCACUUUUUUAUGCACUUGCUUGUAUAGUUUAGAGCAAAUAAAGAGAAAGUUAUCUUUCAAUGUAUGAUUAAAAAAAUGUAAAAAAUGAGCUAUUAUUAAGGGAUUUCGAGCACUUUUCCCUUUUAUAAGGAAGAUUGAAAGGGGAUAGCAGAAAUUAAGAACAAUUUUACAGGGAUAAUCGAUCAUGGCUUUUGCCAAAGCUUGCAUCGUGUGUUUACCACGAAAAAGCGUGUUGAACUUUCCAAGUAGGGAAAAGUCAUUAAACAUUGUAUUUUGUUUUCCGUCCUUGUAGGUCAUUUGAACAGGACCAAAAUGUCUUAAUUCUAUGUGCAUUCAAUUAGAUAGAAA